AUGGGCGACCAAGUGCCCAACGGCGCAAGAACUCCUACUCGGAACACCCUCUCCUUGACCGAGUACACUACUGCUCCCUCUCCUCCCUCCAAGUCGGGGGACUCUCCGCCAGAAUGGGACAUUCCCGAGGGAUUCCUGCUGCCAAACGGAUACCCAGAUUACAUACGGCUCAUCCUGACAUCUCGAGUAUAUGAUGUGAUUCAAGAAACUCCUCUUACGCAUGCUGUCAACCUCAGCAACCGGCUAGAAUGCAAGGUCAUGCUGAAGCGGGAGGAUCUCCUGCCUGUCUUUAGCUUCAAGCUCCGGGGUGCCUAUAACAAGAUGGCGCAUCUACAAGGAGAGAAGCGGUGGAAGGGAGUUAUCGCUUGCUCUGCUGGAAACCAUGCUCAAGGUGUUGCAUACUCUGCACGCCAAUUGAAGAUCCCAGCUACAAUCGUCAUGCCUUCAGGGACCCCAGCAAUUAAGCACAAGAAUGUCUCGAGGCUGGGUGGGACGGUCAUCCUCCAUGGGCAAGAUUUUGAUGCUGCAAAGGAAGAAGCGCAGAGGCUCGAGAAGCUCCAUCAUCUCACAAACAUUCCGCCGUUCGACGACCCGUAUGUCAUUGCUGGACAAGGUACAUGCGGCAUGGAGCUUCUCAGGCAAGCAAACCUACAGAACCUGGAAGCUGUGUUUUGCUGUGUUGGAGGUGGCGGCCUGAUCGCUGGUGUAGGUACCUACAUAAAACGUAUUGCGCCCAACGUUAAGGUUAUAGGAGUCGAGGCAGCUGAUGCGAAUGCUAUGAAACAAUCUCUGGCUUCUGGAACACGCAUCACGCUCAAGGAAGUUGGCCUAUUCGCAGAUGGUGCUGCUGUGCGAGCAGUGGGCAAGGAGACCUUCCGACUCUGCAAAGAAGUAGUUGACGAAGUUAUCGAAGUGUCGACCGAUGAGACCUGCGCAGCAAUCAAGGAUAUGUUUGAAGAUACCAGAUCCGUCGUCGAGCCCGCUGGAGCUCUAGCCCUAGCCGGCUUGAAGAAAUACAUAUCGAAAUACCCAUCAAAAAACCCCAAUCGAGAACUAAUCGCCGUUGCAUCCGGAGCAAACAUGAACUUUGAUAGACUUCGAUUCGUGGCAGAGCGUGCUGGUCUAGGAGAAAAGAAGGAGGCCUUGCUACGUGUUUCCAUCCCCGAGCAACCAGGCUCCUUUGCGAAACUUAUAGACGUCGUAAUGCCGCAUUCUGUCACAGAGUUCAGCUACCGGUAUUCCGGUAAGGAAUUUGCUGAUAUCUUCAUGGGAAUAUCACUUUCCACUUCAUCGGACGCUCAUGACCUGCAAGCUCUGACCUCUCAGCUUCAAAAUGGAGGCAUGGAGGCAUCAGAUUUGAGCAACGAUGAGCUUGCAAAGACGCAUCUUCGGUAUCUUGUCGGUGGACGGCCAAGCACCCCAGAUGAAAGACUGUUCAUGUUCGAGUUCCCCGAGCGUCCCGGUGCCUUAGAGAAGUUCCUGACUACCCUUCGCCCAAAUCAAAAUAUCACUCUCUUCCACUAUCGAAAUUUUGGAGGAGAUGUUGGUAAAGUUCUGGCUGGUAUCCAGUGUCCACCUGAUGAGAGAGAAUCGCUAGGAGCAUUCCUUCAUGAUCUCGGUUAUCCUUUCACCGAGUGUACUGAAUCGCCGGUAUACCAGAUGUUCCUUAAGCAAUAG